AUGAGUAAUAUCGAGAACCUAAAGUCUUUUGAUCCUUUCGCCGAUACUGGUGAUGAUGAAACUGAAGUUACAAACUACAUCCACAUUCGUAUCCAACAAAGAAACGGUAGAAAGACAUUAACCACUGUUCAAGGUUUGCCUGAUGAAUAUGAUUUGAAGAAGAUCUUAAAAGUCAUCAAGAAGGAGUUUGCUUGUAAUGGUAACAUCGUCAAGGAUGACGAGCUAGGUGAAGUUAUCCAGUUGCAAGGUGACCAACGUCUGAAGAUUAUGGAAUUUAUGGUCCAAACUCUAGGUAUCAAAAAGAAAAACAUCAAAAUCCAUGGUUUUUAG